AACUUUGUUUCAUCUCCACGACUCCACCAAACCAAUCAAUCAUUCUUAAACUUUUCAAAACUCUCUACUGUUGGACUUGGAGUGAUCUCUCUCUCUCUCUCUCUCUCUCUCUGAUCUCUCUCUCUCUCUCUCUCCACUAAGCAGUUAUCUUGAAAUUGAAGUAAGAAUAUAUAUAACAACACUUUCUUCUCUGACACCCAAGCAAAAAAAGGAAACCCCACUUCACACGCACAAAUCAAGCAACAAGUUUCAAACUUUCCCCCACCCCACUUCACAAAACCUCUCCAAUAAUCUUCUUCUUCCGUUUUUAAUUUAUACUAUAAAUUAUUAUUAAAUCAUCAAAAUAAAAAAGGGUUCUUUUUUUCUUUUUGCUUUUUCUGAAUGUUGUUAUGUCAAUAACCAUCAACAACAAGAACCACCAACCACCGCAAAACGCCGUAAUGCCUAUUCAUCCAAUCAACGACAUUCCAUCACCGUUCGGAGAUCCGCCGUCAAAUUUACCAACCUCCGACCUCCGUGAAACGGCAUACGAGAUCCUUUUAGCGGCAUGUCGAAGCUCAGGUCCAAAACCGUUGACAUUCAUAUCACAGUCGGAGAGAGGAAUUAGGGAUCCGGCUUCGGCGGCUUCAUUGCACCGAUCACGGACUUCGAUGGCGGCUAGUAAGGUGAAGAAGGCUCUUGGACUUAAAACGACGUCGUUGAAGAGUAAACGUGCAGUUACGACUGGUGAAUUGGUGAGAGUGCAGAUGAAAAUCUCUGAACAGAGUGAAAGUAGAAUCAGAAGAGCACUUCUCAGAAUUGCUGCAGCACAGCUUGGAAGACGCAUGGAGACAGUGGUUCUUCCGUUAGAGCUUAUACAACUGUUCAAGGUUUCAGAUUUUUCCAAUCAACAAGAGUAUGAGGCUUGGUUGAGAAGAAAUUUGAAGGUUCUUGAAGCAGGACUCCUCUUGCAUCCGCAUGUUCCAUUAAAUAAGGCCGACACUUCUGCACAGAAACUACGGCGCCUGAUUGGUGGAGCCCUCGAGAAACCUACGGAUAUUGCAAAUAACGGUGAAUCAAUGCAAACCCUCCGGAGUCUUGUUAUUUCUCUUUCUUGCAGAUCAUCUGACGGGUCUGUUCCUGAGACAUUCCAUUGGGCGGAUGGCUUUCCAAUGAACCUUUGGAUCUACCAAACUCUUUUAGAAGUUUGUUUUGAUAGUCACGUUGAUACCUGUGUGAUAGAAGAGGUUGAUGAGGUCUUAGAGCUCAUUAAGAAGACUUGGGUUAUGCUUGGAAUCAACGAAACCCUACAUAAUAUUUGUUUCACAUGGGUCUUAUUUCAUAGAUAUGUUGUCACACGUGAAGUAGAAAGUGAUCUGCUUUUUGCAUCAUGUAAUCUAGUGGGGGAAGUUGAGAAAGAUACCGAGGCCAUGAAAAAUCCCGUUUACUCAAAAACAUUGAGCUCCACGUUGAGUUUGAUGUUGGGUUGGGCGGAGAAAAGGCUCCUUGCCUACCAUGAUACUUUCCAUAAUGAUAAUAUUGAAUCAAUGGAAAGCGUUGUAUCUCUUGCUGCACUAUCAGCAAAGAUACUGGCAGAAGAUAUCUCUCAUGAGUAUAAUCGGAAGAAGAACGAAGCUGAUGUAGCCUACAUCAGAGUUGAAAGUUAUAUUAGAUCAUCAGUGCGUUCUGUUUUCAUUCAGAAAUUGGAGAAAUUGGACCCCAGCAAGCAUCUAUCUAGAAAACAGAAUAAAGCUUUUCCCAUUCUUUCUGUCCUCGCACGAGACAUUACUGAAUUGGCUUUUAAGGAGAAAACCAUAUUUAGUCCCAAGCUAAAGAGAUGGCAUCCUCUUGCUGCUGGUGUUGCGGUUGCCACCCUUCAUGUGUGUUAUGGAAAUGAGUUGAAGAAAUAUGUUAAAGGGAUCAAUGAGUUGACACCUGAUGCUAUAGAAGUGCUGAUGGCUGCUGACAAGUUGGAGAAAGAACUGGUGCAGAUAGCAGUGGAAGAUUCUGUUGACAGUGAAGAUGGUGGGAAAUCCAUUAUAAUGGAGAUCCAUCCUUAUGAGGCUGAAGCUAUAAUUGCUAAUCUUGUUAAGUCAUGGAUAAUUAUCAGAGUGGAUAGACUGGCAGAAUUGGUUGACAGAAUUCUGCAACAAGAGGCAUGGAAUCCACAGGCAAAUAAAGAGGGCUUUGCUCCUUCUGCAGUCCAAGUUCUACGUUUCAUAGAUGACACUUUGGAAGCUUUCUUCCUGUUGCCUAUAUCCAUGCACGCAGUUUUACUUCCUGAAUUGAUAUCUGGUCUUGACAAAUCUAUCCAACAAUACAUUUUGAAAGCAAAAUCCGGCUGCGGGAACCGUAAUACAUUCAUCCCAACUAUGCCUGCAUUGACUAGGUGUUCAACAAAGGGAAAAUAUAACGGUGUAUUCCGGAAAAAAGAAAAGCCACAAACGACGCUGAGGAGGAAAACCCUUGCUAGAACCACAACAGGAGAUAGCUCAUUUGAUGUACCCCACCUAUGUGUUCGCAUCAAUACUAUGCAGCGUAUUCGCAUGGAAUUAGGGGUUUUGGAGAAGAGGAUAGUUGCCAAUCUUAGUAAUUCUAAUUUGACUAACGAGGAUGAUAUAGGAGAUGGGGCGACCUUCAAAUUUUCUGCAGCUGCUGCGGUGGAAGGUAUCCGUCAACUCUGUCAGUGUAUAGCAUACAAAGCAGUUUUCCAAGAUCUAUGUCACGUUCUUUGGGACGGCCUAUAUGUUGGAGAAGUUUCUUCUGCCAGGAUUGAGCCUUUUCUUCAUGAGCUUGAGCAAUAUUUAGAGAUCAUAUCAUCAACAGUGCAUGAUAAAGUUAGAACACGAGUAAUUAUUGAAUUAAUGCGAGCUUCUUUCGAUGGGUUCCUGUUGGUUUUGUUGGCGGGAGGUUCAUCUCGUGCUUUCUCUUUGCAAGAUUCUUCUGUAAUAGAGGAAGAUUUCAAGCUUCUGAGUGACUUAUUCUGGUCAAAUGGAGAUGGAUUGCCGGCCGAUUUAAUCAAAAAGCACUCUGCAACUGUUCGAGAUGUACUUCCCUUGUUUCACACGGACACGCAACACAUAAUUCAGCAAUUUAGUCAACUUACUAUGGAAAUGUUCUUCGGCCAUGGAACUGUUCGAGGUUCUUCGGCUAAAUCACGGCUUCCAUUGCCUCCAAAAGCAGAUCAAUGGAGCCCAAGAGAACCAGACACACUUCUGAGAGUUUUGUGUUACCGGAAUGAUGAGGCAGCAGCCAAGUUCCUUAAGAAGAAUUACAACUUCCCUACAAAAAUCUAACAAAUUGAUUAGUAAAGUAACCCUUUUGACAUUUCAUACCUUGCCACGUUAUAUAUAAAUUUAGUGGCUUAAUUUUUCUGUUCUGAAAUUUCCACUAGUGAAACAUGAUACUCUUAAUCAUUGGUUUGAUUAAAUUUAGGAAAUAUAUGGUGCUUUAUCUUUGUA